AUGGAGGAUUUGGAAAGGCGAACAGCCAAGCGGUCACGAUUUGACCAAACAGAACCCGAGCCAAAGAGGGCGUCGAGGUUCGACCGCCGCUCGCGUUCACCACCAACUCGCCGAUCCGAGGGUAGAGACCGCAGUCCCCUCAGUCAGGACAGUCCAUCGGACAAGAAAGGGUCGCCAGUUGAUGCAGCAGCGGCAGCUGCUGCCGCCGCCGCUAGAAUCAAUGCCUCGCUCCAAGCUCGCAAGGGUAUUCAACACGUUGAUGUACCGCCAAUUCAGUCUGCCAAUACUGCAGAUGGGCAGUCGGGACAAGCAAAGCCUCAUUCUGUCAGCAAGGAAAUGUACACCGCCGAUGGCGACUACAUCCAAGACAUCGAGGUCAAUGACCUGCGUAAUCGCUACUUAGUCACCAAGAGUUCUACACAGAAAAAGAUCGGUGAAGAAACCGGAGCUGAUAUUACCACUCGGGGCAAUUACUACCCUAAUAAGGCUAUGGCCACCGCUGCUAACCCACCGCUUUACCUUCACAUCACCAGCACGAGCAAAGCAGGCCUCGAAGCUGCCGUUGCCAAGAUCAAUGAACUCAUCAAGCAAGAACUGCCGCAACUGGUUGAUGAACGACGAUUCCGCCGACGAGACCAGGAGCAGCAGGAACCUGAGCGUGAGCGCGAGCGUGAGCAUGGAGGACGACGGAAAUGGCCCGAGGAGAGAAUCCCUAUUGAUCUCGAACCGAUUCAAGGAUUCAACUUGCGAGCGCAAAUCGUUGGCCACGGCGGGUCAUACGUGAAGCACAUCCAACAGGAGACUGGCUGCCGUGUGCAAAUCAAAGGCCGCGGAUCUGGCUACCUCGAGGGUGCUACCAAUCGAGAGAGUGACGAAGAAAUGUACUUGCAUGUUGCUGGCCCUGAUCCCAGCAUGGUUGAAAAAGGCAAGGAACUCUGCGAGGACCUGGUCGCCAAUGUCAAGGAGCAAUAUGAGGAGUUCAAGUCUCGACCGCCUCGGUAUAACGAUCGAGCCGGCCCCCACGGAGGAGACCGAUAUCGAGGAGGAAACGACCGCCAUCACGACCGAGGCAGCCAGUCAUAUGGCGGAUACGGUCAGGAUCGAUAUGGCCAAGACCAGAAUGCCUCUACCAACAGCCCAGCUCACGGCACUAACAGCCCGGCAACAAACGCCGCCGACUAUGCCGCUCAAUACGCUCAGUACUACGGCAGUGCUGAUCCAUAUGCUGCAUAUGGCGGCUAUGCCAACUAUGUUGCCCUGUACCAGCAGUACUACGGAGCUCAAGCAAUCCAGACAGCUGGUGCUCCGGGCCAAGCUGCAGCUACAACAUCUGCAUCACCGCCUCCUCCGCCGCCGAGCGAAGCAGCACCUCCUCCACCGCCCCCGCCCAGUGCGGCUCUUCCGCCCCCGCCGUCAGGUUCACCACCAGGCGGCAGCUACAGCGCUGUGCCUCCCCCACCGGGGCUAUAA